UCCUGUACUAGUGUAAAACUCUGUUCUCCCAGGUCUCAGUGGACUCAGGUUGGUGUAAAUCCAACAUUUCCCUGUACAUCUCUAGGCGUCAAGAUGUCCAUCGCUAAUGCAGCCGCCCAGGACAUGCUGUCGGCCGCCUUGCUCCGGGACGGUGCCGGGGGCAACCGCAUUGGUCACCUGGAGCUGGAGCUGCCGCUCGACAGGGUCAUCAAGUUUGUGUCCGUGGGGCUGCCCUUGCUGCUGGUGUCCAUGGCCUUCGCUCGCGAAAUCUCCAAUGGUCAGUCUGUGUCCUGUUUCCCACCCAACAACUUCACAGCCAGGCAGGCAGCCUACGUGGACACGCACUGCUGGGACACCCUGAUGCACCAUGAGUUUGAGACAGACGGAAACCUUGAGGAGCGAUCCCUCUGGGUGCACAAAAUGUUCCCGUACUCUCUGUUGGCUAUGGCCAUGAUGAUGUACCUGCCUGCCCUCAUCUGGCAUUUCCUGGUGAUGCCGUCACUGGGCUCUGACCUGCUCUUCAUCAUUGACGAGCUGGACAAGUCCUACAACCGCUCCGUACGAUUGGCUCAGAGCAUCCUGGAGAUGCGCCAGAACCCCCGAACAUUCCAAGCCGAGCUUGAGAGUUGAGAGGCCAAGCGGAAGCGCUACUUCGAGUACCCCCUGCUGGAGAGGUACAUGCAGAGCAAGCACGACUCCUACUUCCUGGUCAGCAUGCUCUUUCUGCGCGGCUUCCUGUUGCUCACCUUCAUGUCGGCCGCCUGCCUCUACCUUGUCUACUUCCACCUGUCCACCUUCCUCCAGGACGAGUUCAGCUGCUUCGUCCGCACGGGCCUGCUGUGUGACCAGAACUGGGUUCCAGAGCUGGUCCAGUGCAAGAUGACCGGCCAACUGGUCUUCCAGGUGAUUAGCGUGGCUAACAGCGCUAUCUAUGUCCUGCUGGUGGCUAUCGUGCUGUUCAGCUUGGUCCGCCUCUUCUGCUGGGAUACGACUCUAUUGUCGGUGUAUGAGGUUCUCCCCGCAUUGGGCCUCAACAGUGGUCGCAAGCUGGGCUGCCCGCUCAACGACCUCAAUGGUCUUUUACUGUUUCUGCACGCUAACGUGGUGCACCUGCAGUCUUAUGGCAGGCUGAGGGCCGGAUGCUCGCUGGCGCCCCCGCAGAUCGGGAAGGGGAACGGAAUGAAGGACAUGGGGAUGCUGACGGCGGAGGAGAUCGAGGAGAGGGCCGAGACGGCGCAGGAGUUGGAGGAGGCGGUGGAGGAGCUGCAGGAGGAAGGGAAGCUCAACCUGGUGGACAUCAUGGCUAUCUUAGGAGCAGCCCGGGGAAACCCUGUCAACUGCACAGAGUCCAGGCCUCUGGUAGAGGAGAAUAUGAGUCUGGGUACCAUAACUCUUAUCUAAACUCGCAAACGUAUUCUGCUAGUGGGCUUGUUCGUCUAUAUCGUUUGGGAUGUUCAGAAAAUUAUAAAGUGAGGAAUCUCUGCAAGACUGCAGAUUAAGUUGAAAUUAAAUAGUGAGCUACAGUACUCUGACUGAAUACCGGAUGGUGGUGUAAGCAGUUUUCAUUGAAUAGCCACUAUACUCUUAUUGAAUAUUAGAUGAGGAGACAAAAGUAAUAAUGGUCUUGACAUGAGAUAGCAGUUUUGAUUCAAACUUUUCCAUCCACACUUGUAGAAAACAAUAGGCAACAUCAGGAAAUACCAUAUGUUCUCAGUAACUUUGAUACAGAAAUGCUUUGCACAAAUAUUAAAUUGCACACAAAUGGUUUCUUUUAAUUGUCAUACUACUAUGCCAGUAGGCCUAAUAUAAAUAACUAUUACAUGUUAGAGAGUUUUUCCCAUGAUUGGACAGCCUAUAAUUCUAAAAGAGGCUUUUAUUAGGAAAUACGGCAAGAGAUCAGGUACAAUGUGGUCCUUUCCACUCCUAACUCCCCUCUCUCUCCUUACAGAGCCAAACCACCAGGGGUACCAUGAGUUGAAGGAGACUGCAUCAUGUAAAAAUUACUAAAUCACCAAUGGACUGAACCAUCAAUGUGACACCAAUCAAUGGGGAUGAAGGAAAAAUAUACUGAACAAAAAUAUGAACGCAACAUCAAAUCAAAUCAAAUCAAAUUUUAUUGG